UCAUACACUUGUCAGUUUCGAGCACUUUGGUCAUCUCACCAAUGUUUAAUGAAAUUUUUAUAACCGUAUUAGCCUAAUACAUAGUGUCAGCCUUUGUUUUCCUAGUUUAUGAAUUACUGUACCGAAUCAAUGAAGCAAGCAAUUGAAUGAAAGGUAACACGCAUACAAAACUCACGGUCUUGAUCAAGAGGGUUAUGAGGCUUCAAUAUCAAAGACGUACAGUUUUACGCUAUUUUUUUGUUAGUAUUGCUUUAAUUUCCGAACAUCAGUAUGGCAGAAAAAUGUAAGGGAUGCGGAUGUUCUUGCAUGCAGUGCAUUGUAGAAGUCCAUAAUCAGAGUGACAUGCAUUUGCAUGCCGAGAUAGAAAGUUUACAUCAACGGCUUUUAGAAAGAGAUAAUCACAUUGUGACAAUGGAAACCCAUUUUCUGAACGAAGCCGAUAAGUUUCCUAACGGAGAGCUGGCAUCCAUAAAGGAAGAGGUCCUUACAUGGCAAGAGAAAUAUUCAAGACUUCACGAAGCACAUAAAAGGGUUCAAAAAGUGAACCAAAAUCUUGAGGAUAAAUUAUUGAGAAUAGUGGAUAAAUGUGAGACGGAAAAAGGAGCUUUCACAAAAGAUAUAGCCACGUUAUCUCAUCGAUUGGCAGAUGCAAAUUAUACCAUACAUCGCUUAACGCAGGAUAAUGAAAAUUAUAGAAACGAUGUAAAUCUUGCGAUUCAACUACUUCAAUGUAAACCUUCCAAUUUUGUUGGACAAAAAUAUGACUCGUUACCAGCUGAAGUUCAAGCAAAAGUUAGAACUUAUGUUGCUCAAAAACGGCGUACCAGUGAUACUACUAUUCCUGACGUCAAAAGUAUCACCGUUCCUAUUUCCACAUUUCCGCCUACUGCCAUGGUGUACAAUGUGACGAAAGCAAAUAUUGAUAAAGAUAGUGACGACGAAUGCGAUACGGCAAAACCUCCUAUUGACAUGGUAUCAGCUGCUAUAAUGGCCAAGGUUCUCGAAGAUCGAGAGAAAGAACGAAUCUUUGCGAAGCACUGCAAUACUUGUACAUGUCACAAAAGUAUUUUGUUGAUCGAUACUGGAAUUCAAACAAUGGAUACUGAAAAUCUUUACUCCUGCAGCGAUUGCGAAACAAAAGGGGCACAAAAUACCUCUGAAACUGCCAGCAGUAUCAAUAAAAUGCAAGUUAACGAUAACUUCAGUAGCUACGAUCGAUCGGUCCUAAAAAAUGAAAAUAUCGAAUAUUUCACCAUGUCUCAUACCAUCCAAGAGAUGGAUGACAAAACUUUUAACAAUGGCAACGUGAAACGACACAAUGACAAUACGAAGCACACCACAUUUAAACACGUAAACGAGAAAUCUUACACUAGAAGCAAUCAAGGUAACGAAAACCCAAGAAUUGAUUAUUUUAUCGGAGAUGGUACUAAAGCAUAUUUAAAUUUAAAAAAUUCUAUAAGACAACAAAGUAUGUUGAAUAUGGCCGAUAAUACAAUCAGUCUGCAAUCGGAGAAUCAAAACGAGACUUUUGGAAAUCAAAUCUCUUCCACCAACGAGAAAGCAAUUGGUAGAACAAUAAUUGAAAAUACACGCCAGAUUAGAGGUAGCAAACGAAUGGACUCUCAGAGUAUCAUUAAAUCUGGCCAAAAUUCCUGGUAUAAAUUUGAGAAAAAGUCGCCUCAUACGAACUGCACCAGCGCGAGGAAGUCUGACGGUGAUUCGACCCAAAAGGUGCAAAGUCAAAUAGACGUGAUCAACGACCGGCUGUGGAAAAACGAGUGGGCAAAAUCAAAGGUACACUUGCACUCAAGCGAUGGAAGCUCGGAGCACAAGUCACGUACAAGCGGUGACACGGGAAUAGAUGUAAUUAACGAUAGAGUGUGGAAGCACGACAAAUCGCGAAUCAAUGACACCGGCUCGACCCCGCUGACGGUGAUAGAGGUAACGAAUGCCGAAAACCUGGUGAACCAAAGCGACUGCAGGCAGCCAGAAGAUGCCGCUAGCCCUAGCUUCAGCAACGACAGUUUAGUCAUUUCAACCUCGGAUCCGUCUAGUAGUUCCAGCGACGCGGUGCAGCCGAUAAAUAAGAAGCACUCCUUGUACAAUAAUAGCACUAGCUUAAAGGUCACCUGGCAAGAGAGAGCGACAGGACCAAGAAAUUGCUUAGUCCGGGUUACGCCAGGCUCGAAAAAUAUUUUAUUAGAUAACGUUGGCCAGUAUCAAACGGUACUAUACACGACCGGCAAUGGUCGGCCGAGCACGGCUCUAGUUCACACGGCAAAGUCCUCGCGUUCAGGGAGAACCGCAUCUACGAGCAGCGAAGAAAACGCUCCGAUCUUGCCGCAAGAUUCCGCACAAUUACAGAGGGUCGCGGAGUGGGUUCAAUCUUCCGGUUGCUCGGAGAAGUCCUUGCUGUUGAACGAAAGAAGCGCACAAAAGCCCGCCGACAAUACCUCCAAGAGAAGGCAAAACGUUUCCUCGGCGAGCAUCGAGCGAACGAAGUCGGGGAGCAAGAAAUCGGACGUUGAAGCGAGCGAACGGGAGAGACGCGUGACGUCCGCUAAAAGGAGUCACGUGUCGGAAAAUAAAGCGGUAAGUACACGCGAUACGUAUAUGCCAAAUUUAUGUGAUAUCAAGGUUUCCCCGGAUUCGCAAAACGUGAGCGAACAGAGUACCGAGGGAGACAAGGACCUAAUAACCUUCGAGUCAUCGAACGACGACGAAACUACUAGUCAUCCGAAAGUUUCAAAGGAACCAGCCUCCGCUUCCGACUUGAAUUACGAAGUCAAAGUGACGAGGGAAAUGGAGGAGACUUAUUUAAAAUUAGCAGCCAGCCUAGAUCCCGUUAGUCUACGUUUGCCGAGCUCUACGAGUGCGGAUCUAACGAUCGAGAAAUACAGAAAGGAUCACAAGCGACUCCAUGGUCAGAAGAUUCAGGACAAGCUGAGCCCAACUACAUAAUAUCGCUCCAUCGCGAGCGCGAUCCAACGUGGAUCUUAUCCGGGAGAGGAAGGGGAGUUCCUUGAAAAAUAACAGAGUCUUAUUUUUGUUAUCUUCGAUACAGUAAGAUUGUACUAAAGGAAGCGCGACGAGAUAGCUCGGCGUUGGCGUAGGCUGAAUUAUUUUCACUAAAACAGUGGAUACACGGAUUACUGCAGUACAGAGAGGAGGUUUAGUUAUUGUAGAAUAUUUGCAAGAGUCAUUUCAGCUGCGUUCUUCUUAGGAUUUGUUUGGCAAAUAUUUGUACGAUGCGAAUGCUUGCUAGAGAGUCUCCGAUUGCCUAUCGGUUGACGUACUGAAUAAGGAUGAGUCUGAUAUUCCGAGUAGGACGCAAUGUCGAGGAGACAGGCGUAACUCCGAGAACAUGUGACUGGAAAAUGUCGAAUCAGAGUUAGGUGAACUACGCCCCUGCGACGAUUUACGGACAAUAUUUGAAUUCCAACUAGAAUACCUAAUGAUUUUGCUCAGCAGUUUGCGUAGAGUAAACGUCGAUUUUUAUCCUCUAGCGGUUGUAUGCUUAUCAAAUUUUGUAUAAUUAUUAUAAUUUCAUAUCGUUGAAUAGAUUCGUUGCGCGAUUGAGGUGAAGAUUUUCCUCGUACGGCCAUUGAUGCAAGAAAUUUCUAGCGAAGUUUUCCGGGAUGCGUCCGUAUCUCUCGAUCGAAUGAAAUGAGACUUAUAGUCAUUAAAAAAAGAAAGGUAUACAUAUAAUAGGGUGGAUGCAGCAUUUGAGCUUCUUGAUAACAUCAGGGAAUACCAAAAUAGUAGGACAUAUAUCACUUUGUGCGCGUUUUACUAAAUGUAUGGGUGCAUGCGUGCCUGAACGUGUGUGUGGGUAUCGGUAUAAACGAAAAUCAUGCAAUUAGAAUUAUAUCCGUACUGCAUAUUUAUAUAUGCAGCCUCGCGGACCAAGGAGUCCAUUCUGUUUUCCAUAUUAAAAUUAUCACCGAGAGCGUACGAUCACUAUUGAUCACAGUACUGACAAUACUGCGGCCAAGUUUACGGUACAUCUCGAGUACGUUAAAUACCGUACCGCUUUAAAGGCUCCAUUAACAUUUUCACCUAAUUAAGUUUUAUUGAACCGCGAGAAAUAUGGAUUUCUAAUAAGUGGCGCAAAGCCGCGCACCACCUUUCUAAUGAAUCAAAAUUAUCAGUUUCUAUAGUUUGACCAUUCCCAUCGUGAAAAUAGGGUUCCAUAUUUUUCAAAUGUAAAUUAUUAAAGAAAAGGAAAAAAAAAAAUUCACGGGUUUACAGAAGAGCACUCGAGACUGGUGAAAGCCGUUUUGUAGGACAUUUUUAAUCCAUCAUUUGGUGCAAUGAAUUCAAAAAUCGAGAGCUUGCCUAUUGAAUAGUGUAAUUUUUAUAGUUAAGUCCCCUGGUUAAGUUGUCAUUCACCGUUUCGGUGGUUUUUCAUCGGUUUCGAAAUAUUAAGCUGUGAGAAGGGAAUCUCAUAAUUGCGAUCCACGAAGAGGACAUUAAGGAUCGACUCGUGUUCCUAUUCGCUGCUGGAUCACGCGAAAGAGGAGAUCGCUUUCAUCUUAACUGGCCACUCGUUUGUCGGUCUAUUAGCCAAAGCACUGCGAAAGAUCGGCUCUUCUGAAACUGGGUGUUAAGAAAAAUCUGACAUUUCUUGUAAGGCGAUUACAUGGCGCAGUUUCGGAGAGCUCGUCUUCCUACAGCCGGAUCGAUGAUCGGUCUUGCUUGGAAAUGAUCGCAAAGUAAACGCUAUGUACGACAAUAUAUCUCGUGGCUUUCUCAGAUAUCACGCGAGGAACACUUGCGUCUUUUACGGAUGCUCAACGGCGUCGCACUGGUAUAGCUGUUAAUUUAUGUAAUUGUAACGAGUAAGGGAUGCUUCGCUGGACGUGAAAUGUACGCAAAUGUGCGCGUUGCAAGUCGUGGAUGGUGGAAGGAAACUAAUUGCACCGUUUUCACUUAACAGUCGAUGCCUCGCACUAGGACGUCUCAGAAAAUGUCUAAUACUUAAUUUCGACAAGAACUCUUUCCGUGAUUUCGGUUGGACUGAUUUCUCCCCUUAUUUCGACAUUUCAGCUUAAGUGCGAAACGGUGUAAGUAGUAUUCGACGAUUUAAUUCCUCACCGAGGAGCCGACAAAGAGUACUGUGGAGGGUUGAUUCGAGAACGUUUAAGUGAAUUUAAUGAUAAUUCUCGAGGUAUCAGGCCUUCCCGAAAUCGGGACUGUAAUAAUUCCACCGAACAAAUUAUCCGAUUCAUUUAUGAGCAUACGAAAUGUUUUAUUUCUCGCGACGAAGAGGCAUCUUCCGAAGAAAGCCCUGAGAGGAGAGAUUGACAUUUUUAUUCUACCGAGGGCCUAAGAAUAUGUGGACACACAUUUUCAUUCUUCAAAAACCCAAUAUUAUGUGUCCGAGGGAAACGCCCUGACUCGAAUGAAUUAAAAAUCUGAAUAUAAAAUAUUUGAAGUAACGAGCGAAGGAUGGAAAGACCUUAUUUUUUGUUGCGAUGAAUUUAGUAUUAUAUUUAUCACCGGUAGCAAUUUUAAUUAAUGACCGUACGUAUGACUUAAAAUUCGUUGGGCAGUUUUGUCGAGUCCGCUCGGAAAUUUUGGAGUUACCGAUCGGAGUGAAAUUUUACUCAUACCAUUAAGCACUUUGAAAAGCGUCCAUGGCAACGGCCCCGUGAGGAGCCUUUCGGCCCCUUAGAACAUUUUUCAUAAAGUAUACAUGUAACGGCAUAUAUGUAUAGGACAUGUGGAUGCGCGUAUGUAUGUAUGUAUACUAUUGCUAUACAGCAUGUGCUUGUCUUAUCACGUGUAGCGGACUUUUAACUUCCUGCGCUCGGGAAGGCGCGACGAGAAACCCCUCCACGAGUCUUUGGGAACGUUGGGUCAGAAGAGCUCUAUAUCCCUUAAUUCCGCCCCUACAGGUGUACCAUAUGUAAUGCGUUAAUGAUCAUGCAAACUGUACAUACAAAGGCGAAUAAAGUAUAUUUAAACGUG